AUGGCUUCGCUUCUAUCCUCCAUGCACAUGAUGGCCGACGACAACAGCGACACGAGCCCAGCGACAUCAGAGCAGACGAACUCAACAGCACCAAGACCGGCCCCUACGAACGGCCAGGCGCAUCACAAGCAGAAGCGCGCACGAUCACAACUGAGCUGUACGCCGUGUAGACAGGGCAAGCUCAAAUGCAACCGAGUCCACGAGCCGGCAUGCGACCAGUGUAUCAAGCGCAAUCGAGAGUCGGCGUGCGUCUACCUCCCACCACCCGUGAAGCACAAGCCGGCGCAGAAUGUCAAAGGACGGAUCCGCCAGCUUGAGAGCCUGGUCGUGGAUCUGAUGCAGAACCAGCGGGCGCAGGGCCAGUCAACAGCAACUACCGGGCCAAAGAAGCCAUCAGCCAGCAAAGAAAGCAGGGAGACAGCAGAGGAGAAUCGGCCUCGCCCAUUUUCACAGCCGACACCGCCUUCAGACAACGACACAAGCCCACAAGACUCCGAGCAGAGCCAAGAGACGCAUCCUACUCCAGAAGAUGUCGACUCGGCAACUGCACCGUUCGGCCAGAUGAAGAUCAGCAAGGACGAGAUCAGCUACGUGGGAGAAUCGCAUUGGGGAGCCAUAUUGAACAGCAUAUCUGAUUUGAAACGGGAUAUCGGUGACGGCGACGAGGAGGAUGGUGUUCACGCCUCUCCCGAGCAGACGAUCAACAGCUGGAGCGCUGUCCCAAUGGGCGGAGUGCAACCACACUCGACCACAGGACUCGGAUUCAUGCUGGGUGGAGAGCGCCCGUCGGUCAGCAAGCAGGAGCUCAUAAAAGCAGUACCGGAGAAGAGGGUUGCGGAUCGCUUAUUAAGUCUGUGGUUCAACUCGCCAGAUCCGUUUAAGCCAAUAAUACAUGCGCCGACCUUUCAGGACGAGUACAGGCGGUUCUGGAAGAGUCCCAACGAGACUCCGGUCAUGUGGCUUGGACUUUUGCAUGCCAUUCUGAGUCUGGCAACCUCGUUCGGUCUGCGUGAGAGCGACCCAAGGAGUCCUGAUGCUCGAGCAGUGCUCGCAAAUGUCAACAAAUACCACUCCAUGUCGGCUUCUGCUGCCUUGCUUGCAGACUUCACCAAGCCAAAGCCGUACACGCUUGAGUGCUUGAUCUUGUACUCGGCCGGCCUGCGCAGCAACAACGCGUUCGUCAAUGUUUGGCUGAUGAUAGGACUGGUCGUUCGUCUGGCUUUGCGAAUGGGCUACCACCGCGACCCCAGCCAUUACCGAGCUAUCAGUGUCUUCCAAGGCGAGAUGAGGAGAAGAGUCUGGAGUGUAAUUGGCAUGAUUGACGUGCUGAUAUCCUUCCAGCUCGGACUGCCCAGCAUGUUCCGAUCGAUCACUUCGGACACACAACCACCUCGUAACCUUCUAGAUCGUGACUUCGGCACCAACACGGCCGUUCUGCCCCAGAGCAGAGGAGUCGAAGAAUUGACACCAUCCUCAUAUACCCGUGCGAAGCUGCGCAUCACGCGUGUCUUUGCUGACGCUGCAGAGAUAAGCCACCAGACUGUACCUCCUUCAUACGAAGAAAUCAUGCGACUUGACCGCGCAUUAGAGGAAGCAAAGGCUGCGAUACCUCCUCUUCUCCAGAUGCCAGAUAUCAGCGAGCUGGUCACAGAUCCAGCGGAGCAGCUGAUGUGCCGAUUCAACCUCGAUUUAUUAUAUAUGAAAACGAAGAUCGUUUUACACCGACGAUAUAUGCUGACGCCAAUGGAUCAACUGACGCAAGCAGAGCAACAGCUCGGUAUCGGCACAAGUAGAAAAGCUUGCAUCGAAUGCGCUCUCCGCGUCCUCGGCCAUCAUCACACGAUUUACAGUGCCAGCCAGACUGGAGGACAACUGGAGAGCGUGAAAUGGUACAUGGGGUCCAUCUCAACCCACGACUUCCUGCUCGCGGCCAUGGUUUUGUGCCUUGAAUUAAGCGAACAAAUUCACAACCGGUCCUUCAGCUACUCGCCUCUUGGGAUGCAGUGUCCGAGAAGGCGAGCUAUGAUGGAUGCGCUCGAGAAGAGCCAUCGCAUCUGGAGCGACGCUUCCGGCAGGAAGAAGAAGCAUAUGCAGUUGACCACGGCGGAUGGGAUGGAGAAAGGCGAGCAUCUUUUCGACGAGACCGAGAAAGCCAGUCGGGCCAUGGCAGUCAUGCUGGAGAAGGUCAAACGACAGAUGGCUGAGACUCCGCAACCGUCGUCGACAGAACCAUCCACAUCGACUUCUCAGAUGGAAGUGCUGGAUGUUCCGUCGGUGCCUGGAUAUGUGUACACCGAUACCCAGCAACUGCAGGAGACGGGCUUCAAUGGUCUGGUGUCCCAGCAUGCAUGGGGCAAUCUGAACGAUGUCCCGUUACCAGAUGGUUUGGAUACAAGCAGCGGCCAGCCUCUGAAUUGGACGCCCGCAGAUACAGGUUCGAGCGGCGUGGCCGACCCGUACUCCUUCAUUCGAUCGACCAACGACACCGCAGACCAGUCCUUCAACGCGGCAGACUACUCGAUGAUUGGCGACAUGCUCGACGGGCCCAUGAACCUCGACUGGGAGAUGUGGGACAACGAGAUUAUCAAAGGUCCGCAGCAAGGCAUGGACGAGUGGACGGAUUUGGAUGUCACAGGUGGUAUUCCUGGUUACAACAAUCGUGCUAUGGGCAGCGAGGCGGCCAUGGUAUCUGGCAAUGUGUACAUGCCUGGAGGAACGGGCACGCUUGGUGGCAGCAGUGGUGCGAUGGGACUCAAUCUGGAUAUGAUGAAUGAUGUUGACUUUAGCAUGGCGCAAGGGAAUGAGUACCCUCUGACGGUCGCGAAUGGCUAUAAUGCGGGAUGA